AUGCCAAGCAAGCUUAAGAAGGCAAUUGGCGCAGUUAAAGAUCAAACCAGCAUUAGCAUUGCCAAGGUUACAAGCAACAAUUCUUCAGCUCUUGACGUUGCGGUGCUGAAAGCCACGACCCAUGAUGACAUCCCAAUUGAUUAUAGAUACAUAUACGAAAUCUUGCAGCUGGUUUCGUCUAACAAAGUUUAUUCUGCUGCUUGUGCCCGUGCAAUUGGCAAACGGAUAGGCAGAACACGUAAUUGGGUUGUUGCCUUAAAAUCGUUGAUGCUUGUUCUUCGAAUUUUUCAAGAUGGCGAUCCUUAUUUCCCACGAGAAGUUCUUCAUGCGAUGAAAAGGGGUGCCAAGAUUCUUAAUCUAUCAAGCUUCAGAGAUGAUUCGAAUUCAAGCCCUUGGGAUUACACGGCCUUUGUUCGUACAUUUGCUCUUUAUCUUGAUGAGCGUUUAGAUUGCUUUCUGACGGGGAAGCUUCAACGUAGAUAUACACACCAGGAGAGGGAAAGCUGGAGCUACCAUCGGAACAAGAGGACUAAUGAGCAUGUCCGUGACAUGAAACCAGCAAUGUUAAUUGAUAGAAUCUCGUAUUGGCAACGAUUGCUUGAACGAGCCAUAGCCACACGCCCAACUGGUGCAGCCAAGAUGAAUCGUUUGGUAAAAAUAUGUCUUUAUGCCAUCGUGCAAGAAAGUUUUGAUUUAUACAAAGACAUUUCUGAUGGACUUUCCCUUCUUCUCGAUAGUUUCUUUCAUUUACAGUACCAGAACUGCAUUAGCGCAUUUCAAACUUGUGUCAAGGCUGCGAAGCAAUUCGAAGAACUCAAUGCUUUCUAUAACUUAUGUAAAAGUAUGGGCAUUGGGAGGACAUCGGAAUAUCCAAGUAUUCAGGCAAUAUCUGAGGAGCUGAUCGAAACAUUGCAAGAAUUUUUGAAAGAUCAAUCUUCGUUUCUGAAAAACUCCAUGUCUCCAAAUCGGCCCCUGCCACUUCUCGGACCACCAGCAAAUGCCGAUCAAAAAUUUGGAUGGCUUGAUAGUUACGGUGGAUGGACUGAAUACACCACUGCCACCGACAGACUUUAUAAGCGAACUUCCAAGUACAGUUCCCAAGGUACCUCCUUGGAAGACCUAAUUAGUGCCACGGAAACUGGGAAGAGCCCAUCAAUCUCAAUAGACCUGGAGGCUUAUUCAGGUCAGUUUGAGAAACGAACACAGCAUGAUGAAGCAUUUGGAGUAAGUGAAUCAGGUUCAACCCAUUCAUUGCCCGUGUCAAAUUCAAUGGCUGAUCUCGUUUCAUUAGACGAUUGGUCAGAUCCAGACAAGAAGAACCGCGAGCAAGAUCAAGAACAGGAGCAGAAGCCAAAGGCCUCAGAGUCUACUUCUAUCAUAGAAUGGGAGAUGGUAAUAGCUGAGACACUAUCAGCAUCACCACAUGUACCCUCCAGUAACUUUGCCAACAGCUUCAACAAACAUCCAGAACCAGAAUCGACACAACCAGUAGAGAAAAAUGCUUCAGCAGAUUCAAGAAAUGGUUGGGAGCUUGUACUAUUUACAGAACCACAAGCCACUCAGCCAAUACAAAACAAUAACAGCUUAUCAGCCACUUCCUUGGACAGUUUGUAUAACCAAAGUACAUUGCCAUCAAACCAUUAUAACCCCUUCCUACAGGAUGCAUUCGAAUUUGCUAUUUCUACGACUAAUGUUCCAGUUGUACACACGAUUUCAUCAUCGUCGCCUACAUUUAUAGCCAGCUCCACAUCUUCAUCCCAAUUAAGUCCUACACCUUCAUUUCAAGCAACCCCUACAUUUUCGGUUCAAAAUCCGAAUAAGGCAACGUUUGUAGCGCAAAUCGAGAAUGAUCCAUUCACGCCAUAUUCGAGUACUGCAUUUUCUGGUGAUCAGAUGUUUAACAGUUCCAUGAAUCAACAGAAAUUGCUGCAAGAACAACAAUUGUGGUUGCAAAACCAAAACAAGAUCAUAGCAAAACACGUGGUCUAA